ACGAAGCCACACGUGACAACAGAAACAGGCAAUGGUGGUCUUUGAAAGCAAGGGCUCACGUCUGUAUUUUUUCCUAUUCCCUUUCUUUUGCAUUUGUCGACUGGAAUUAUGGAACACUGAGCCAGGGAUAACAACUUUUAUGAAGAGGAGCAAGAAAUACUAAAAAAUCCAUCCUUUGGUGGUCAUCGCCUGUCCAUCAUGGGAGAAUAUAUUGUCCUGUUAUGCAACGCUGUGCUUAUCUCUGUUUUGUUAUUAUUGAAUUGAAUUUUUAUUUCAAGUAUCUUGAUAACUCUGCACUUUACACUGAAGUUUGUCUUUAUGGGGGAUUAUGAUGUGGACAUGGAUGAGGAAGAGGAGGGACAGGUGUUCAUUAGAAAGGCUACAACAGGCCACUGGUGGGAGGACUGUGGAGACGCUGGCAACACACAACACCAGAGAGGAGGAAGAGGCUGCAUGGUAAACAGCCGCAGUUGGGCCGAGGAACUCCAGUAUAUCUUUGCACCACAGGCAGAAGACUGUUACAGUGGAGGGAGAACCAGACUGUCCAGCAUCUCUGCCCAGAGGAAUGAAAGGGAGUGCAUCAGGCAGAAACUUGCCCUUGGCAGUUUCUAUGACGACGAGCCAGUCAUCUAUACCAGCUGCAGCAAGAAUGGCCUAUCCUCUCGCCUGCAGAGUGGGGUGAACCUGCAGGUGUGUUUUGUUAAUGACAGCAGCAGUGACAAAGACAGCGAUGCUGAGGACAGUAGGACAGAGACCAGUCUGGACACACCGCUGUCACCUGUGAGCAAGCAGAGCUCAUCGUUAUCGGACCGGGACACGGCGGAGGAGGACUCAGACCCGUUAGAUGACUGCGGCGGGUUCUGGCGGGUGCAGCGCAGGCUUCAGGAGGAGGCCAGGGUGGCACUAGCUUUGGCUCGACCCAUGGCCCGCAUGCAGGUGGAAGUGGAGAGGAAAAUCCAGCUGCACAGACGUUCACCUGUGGCUGACUUGCUUCCCCAUCUGCCCCACAUCAGCGAGUGCUUGAUGAAGAGGAAUCUGAGGCGAGGGGACAUGAGGGACAUGAGUCUGGGACAGCUGCAAGUCAUCACAAAUGACUUACACUCACAGAUUCAGAGUCUAAAUGAGGAGCUGGUGCAGCUGCUGUUAAUGAGGGAUGAGCUGCACGUGGAGCAAGACGCCAUGCUGGUGGACAUAGAGGACCUCACCAGGCAUGCUCACAGCCAUCAGCGACACCAAGCAGAGAAAGCCAUCUCGAAAUAAACACCCCGACUACACGUGUGUCCGUAUGCACGUCCUCUUACUUCCCGCUCCAUGGACUGUCACCAGUGUUACUAAUGAAACUCCAUCUGUGCUGAAAAUAACCAUGUAGUGUACACACACACACACACACCACAUAAUGUAUUGCACCACAGGAUGUUGUCAAAGGACAGAAGACAUCUAAAAGAAGCUGAGCUGCUUUCAGUGUGGACACAGUUGAGUUUGUGCAGGUUUUUCACUUCCACUCAGCAUGAUUUAUCAUGCUAUAUUUUAUUGAAUUAAGGGAAUCCUCUCAUUGUAAUGGCAUCCCCUAACCCCGACUUACCUCUCCAUGAUUUUGCACGGUACACUAAUGUAUGUUAAGGCUGGGUGGAAGAGAAGGCCUGCACGCCUUGUUUCUCCAUUAUCCGAAAAAGGAGGAUGACUCCCAGGGGCCCAGCCUGACUGAACUUAUGUCUUUAUAAUAAUCAAGAUGAGUCAGUUCAUAUUUGCUCUUUUCCACUGUUUAUCAUCACUUUCAGUAGGAGCAUCGCAUUCUUUCUGUUUCACAAUGGAAUUCACUGUUAAAAAGAUAUAAUAACAAAUUCAAUAUAAAAGUCUCUGAGCUGUUGCAAUAGAAAAUGGUGAACACUCUGCGCUGAUUUGCAGCUUAGCUUCACAGUGGUGUUAAAAUGCUGCAGCAGCUUCACAGAGGUCUUGUAAUUUGAUAGCUGCUCCACUUUUCACCUGCUUUUAAAGAUGCAUUUAGAGCUUUACUGGACAACAUUUUGAACUUUAUUAGACAAAUUUGUAUUUGUCAACUAUAUGCUUUUAUUUACUCAGUACAAAAGACAAAAUGACAAGAUGUAGGUUAAAUAAUCAUCAAUUAAUCAAAAGGGAUAGAAAAAGCUAAAUUGGAGGCAUGAUAGCCCCAAAAUAAAAAUACAGUCAUUUUUGGUAUGCUCAAUUUACUAAUGCUAAAAAAAAGGGUAAACGUAAAUCAAAUAUAUGAAUAAAUCUCAACCUAAAUAAAUAUCUAUUUUAUCUGUUCAGAGGGUUUAUGGACAUACUGUAUGUAAAUGUUAAAAGACACUUUAUUAAAAGUAUGAAGAACAUGCCUUGUUGUCUGGCUGUGUUUUCACUCUCAGCUGUUGAAGAAUGUUAUUUAACACAAAAUCAAACUUUCUUUUUCUAAUAUAUGCUUCAUUGAUAAAUGUACUAUAUAAUGAUUGUAAAAACAAAACUCCAGUAAUAAAUGUUUGAAGUGUG